AAAACACAAAUUAAAACAAAAUCACAACAGACAAACAACUGGUUGCAAUGAGGAGUGGCAUAGCAAGAUUAUCUACAUUGAUUGCCUUUAUAGUUCUGCAGAAGGCAAUGUAUGGCACAGCUGAAUUAAAUCUGCAGAUGUGUAGCAAAGAGGAAAUGUCACAGCUGACAAAAAGCAUAAAGGAUGACAUAAAGGAAAAAAUCAAAUCUUCCUUUUGUGAAUUAAAGUUUGAUUUAAAAGCUGAAUUUGAAGAUCUAAAGGAUGAAAUGAUAUUUACAGUUGCUAAGAAAUUGAAAGAUGCCACUAGAGCUCAGGAAAAUAAUUCACCAUGUACAGAUGAAGAUGAAGACAUUAUUUCAUAACAUACAGCUUGGCACUUGAUUACAUAAUUGACCCCAGGGAUUCAUUCAUUGAUUGUAUACUGGUCAUAGUUUAACAGUGAUCAUAGACUUUAAUAUCAACAUGUUCCAUUACUGUUUGACAUUGAGCCAAACAGCAUCAUACCAUAAAGCCUACCCACAUCAGCACUCCGAAAUAGGCACAAAUGAAACCAGUUGAGAUAGCAAUGAUUAUGUAAUUUAUUAUUAUGGGACAAAUUACAAAAUAAGUGUUUAUCUAUGAGGAAAAGCCGUUCAACAACCAAAGGGAAAGUAGUUCACCAUUAGCACGCACACCAGAUAGGAGAAAUUAUCCAACCAUUGCUAUAUCAAAAAUUUGUGUCCUAAUUAGGAUAUAUUCAAUACCAAAAUUUGUCAAUUAAUUUGGCUGUUUUAUUUGGAGGAGACGCAAAAUUGUCCACCAAAUUAAGUAGUCGCCAAAUUCAACAUUUCAUAUUUCAAUCGUAAGUAUGUAUAGAAUACAUUUCAAUAUUGCAAUUCCGCCAAAUUAAGUAGCCGCCAAAUGUUCAAAACAACAAAUCCGCCAAAGAUAGUAGA